GUCAGAAACCUCCGGGAAGAUAAGGCAAAUUUACCGGAAAAGAAAACUGGAACUGCAAAUGGAAACGAAGAUGGACAAGGAUACUCCAUAGCAGCACUCAGCAGGCCUUGUACAGGCUACACCGCUACACUACCAAAGCCAAAGUUUCAGUAAUGUCAUCGUUAGGGUUCACAUGCUUGCCUCUUGAUUCUUCCCCGACUACCCUUCUUCUCCCAGGCAUGUAUACAUUGCCAGCAGUUAUGUGUACUGAUUUUCUGUCAGCAUGUAAUAGUGUAUCAUCAGUAAAUUUUGGGAGAUUGAAAUCUCAGAGAGUGAGGCUCUUGGGGCGAAAAUUUUCCAGAAAGAAGCAAGAUUGCUGCGACUACUAUGACGUAAUUGUAGAAGAUGAACCUCUUAGUUUACUUAGUAGUUCACAGUCCGAACCGGAAUUUGCGGAGGGUAAAAAGAGAUUGGACCUUCUGAGAUGUAGAUGUGUUUCGAGAGGCUCCCAAUCCCCAGAAACUAAAAAUACUAGGCAUAAAUGGACAAAAGGAGACAUGUCCGAAUCAGAGGUGGCUAUUAUGUCUGGCGUUAAACUUCCCUCCAAACGCCAGGAUGCUUCAGUUUCAAGAGGUUCUCUUUCAUCCUUAAGACGGUGGGGUGAUGGAGGGUCCGCUCGUAACAUCCAAUUUAAUGCCAGGGACAAAGUAAAAGAAUGGGGGAACUUGCCUUCUGAUAGUGGUUUUUUCAGCAAAAAGUCCUUUAGAGAUUUGAGAUGUGAUGAUACAAUCAUCGAAUCUCUUCGGAAUCAGUCCAUCAUACGCCCUUCAUGUAUUCAGGCCUUGGCAUUUGCACCUGUUACUGGGGGAAAGUGCUGCAUUAUAGCGGAUCAAAGUGGUUCUGGAAAAACUUUGGCGUAUCUUGUUCCAGUAAUUCAACGUCUCAGGCAUGAAGAGCUUCAAGGGCUUAGCAAAUCUUUACCUAAAAGCCCUCGAGUUGUCAUAUUGGUACCAACUGCCGAGUUGGCUUGUCAGGUGUUGAGGAAUUGCAGAGCCAUUUCAAGGUCAGGGGUUCCUUUUCGCUCUGUGGUUGCCACCGGUGGUUUUCGACAGAAAACUCAACUGGAAAGUCUCCUACAGAACUUAGAUGUACUAAUAGCUACACCUGGUCGUCUUUUGUUCCUUACCAAAGAAGGCAUAUUGCAGUUGACAAACCUUAGAUGUGCUGUGCUGGAUGAGGUAGAUAUACUUUUUACUAACGAGGACUAUGAGCCAGCAUUGCAAAGUUUAAUCAGCAGUGCACCUGUUUCCACUCAAUAUCUCUUUGUCACUGCCACUUUACCAACGGUCAUAUACAACAAGCUAGUUGAGGUUUUUCCUGACUGCGAAGUAAUCAUGGGACCUGGUAUGCACCGCACCAGCUCUGAACUUGUGGAGGUUCUUGUAGAUUGCAGUGGAGAUGAUGGAGCAGAAAAGACUCCAGAGACAGCAUUCUCCAAUAAGAAAUCUGCUCUUGUGCGACUUGUUGAGGGAAGUGCAGUGACAAAAACGAUAAUCUUCUGUAACAAGAUUGAGACCUGCAGAAAGGUUGAGAAUGUGUUGAACCGACUUGAUAGAAAAGGGACCCGUACGAGAGUCUUUCCAUUUCAUGCUGCUUUGGCACAAGAAUCACGGUUAGCAAAUAUGGAGGAGUUCUGCAGCUCCCAACCGGAAGACCAAUCUCUGUUUUUAGUUUGCACGGAUAGAGCAUCAAGGGGAAUCGACUUUGAUGGCGGUGUUGAUCAUGUUGUGCUCUUUGAUUUUCCCCGUGAUCCCAGUGAGUAUGUGCGCCGUGUUGGAAGAACUGCCAGAGGAGCGGGAGGAAAGGGAAAGGCCUUUAUAUUUGUGGUUGGCAAACAAGUCUCGCUUGCACGAAGGAUUAUCGAAAGGAACAGAAAAGGCCAUCCGCUGCAUGAUGUGCCGUCUGCAUCAUAUGAUUCAUAUGUAUGAAAAUAGUUGUACUUUGCGGGAAAAUAGAUGAAGUUAAUGCAUCAUGCUUGUUUUGUAAUGUAAUUAAGAGGAAAGAAAAAACAUUCACUUCCUGAGGCAGGACUUAUUAUAGGAAAAUUAAACUUCUGCUUUAUUAGGAUUGUUUUCUCCCUUAAUUGUGUUUUUACUUGGUGGGAUAAAAGGCAGCAACUUGUGUGUUGAUGGUAAAUACUCAA